CUCGUAUACUCACUGCAGGUUAUGAGCCCUGCGCUCGUCAAUUAAAAACAUGACCAAGUAUACGAAAAAUAUAGCCCACCAUGUCCAGCUCUAACAGCAAACUCGGUGAAGAUUUUCUACGCGUCCCAAAGCUCACUGCGGACGGAGAAAAUUGGACGACCUAUAAAGACAGAAUGCAAUGGUCAGUAGACGCUCGUGGGUUCCUCAGUCACCUAGACGGGACCGAGAAGAAACCAGUUGAUCCCUCGACGUUGUCGGGCAGAGGAGCAUCAUGGUCACCAAGUACGAUGGACGAGGUCAGAGAACUCGCCGCAUACAAGACAGCAAUGAAGGAGUGGCGCAUGGGCGAGGCAAUAACGAAGCAGCAAAUUGCCAGCACGAUCCCUGACUCUUUGUUUAUUCAAGUCAAGAACUUGGAUACAGCGCAAGAGAUUUUCACGUACCUUUCGAAUCUCUUUGAGAAGCGCUCUCGCGUAGUCUCAGUUGAACUG